AUGGCAACAUCAAGGAGGGACCCUCAGCAGAAUGCUAGAGUCAACCGGGGCAUUCAGAAUAUGUCCCCAGGGCUCAAACCCAGUGAGUCUGACCAAGGGCUACGGCGUGCAAGAUCCGUCCCAACCUCUCCUGAUCGCAGAUUAUCCCCAUCCCCCGCCUCAAUCUCAUCCAACACCUGUCGACCCGCAUCAUCAUUCAACGCUCGCACGACCUCAUCCCGGUCCACAUCUAGCUCAGCCUCUUCCAGUCACGGAAAGACACUGCACUCCGCUUCGUCCAUGGCUGGUGCAAGGCAAACAAACACAAUGAGAAGAAAAGCAGAAAAGCCUGGUGCCACAUCUGUUUGGCCUCCAGCCCUUGCAGCUCCAAACACCUCAUCUAAGGAUAUGACCAGGGCAGCAAAAUCACCAUCCACCAUGCAGAAGAGUAAUAAUCUCUCUACAAGGCCUGGUAUUGAGAAGGCAGCAGCAUCUUCUGUAAAGCCGAAAUCUCAGAAAACAACCGCAGGACCUCUUGGAGCUGGAAAAACUCAAGCUGCAUCUUCCACUCGUGCUCCUGGCGCUAUAACAAAGAAAAGAAUGGGAGCGAGAAAUAUGUCUCUAUCCAGAGGACAACAAACAGAGAGCAUAAGCACCUCUUCCAUAGAGGAGCACUUGCAUGAACGGCUCCCUGACCCUGUUGAUCUGAAAUCUGUGGAUCUCAAUAGCAAGACAUCCUCUAGUCUGGAGGAAUACAAGAAUCAAGAGAACACAGGGGACAUUUUGGAGGAGAAACAUGAUGGAAAGGACAAUGAAGACCUGAGCACAGGUGACAGGGCUUAUAUUGGAAACAGUGAUAUAAACAUCCCGAAAGAAGCAGUUGAUGAAUCUGAAUCGGAGGAAGCUGUUGAUGAAACUGGGUUGAAGCAAGAUGUCUGUGCAACUGAGCUAAAUGAAACUGUUGAUCAGACCAAACUAAACGAAGCUGCCAGUGAAACUGAAUCAAAGGAAGCUAAUGAUGAAGCCAAGCUAAAGCAAGUUGAUUGUGAAACUGCAUUAAAAGAAGCUGCUAGUGGAACUGAGUUAAGGGAUGCUGUUAUUGAACAUGAACUGAUUGCACAAGAAAAGGCCAAAACUAAGGAGAAGAUAAUGCAGCCAACGAAGACCGUGGAAUUGGCACAGAAGUGGAGGAAGGAUGAAGGAGGAGCAAUGAAGCUACAGAGGAGGGCAGGAGCAAGCCUAUCCAGGGAAAGGAAGAACAAGGUAAUGGCCUUGGUGGGGAGAUUUGAGACUGCCAUGUCUGGCUGA